AUGAGUAACUCAUUAGUUUUAAUUUUUAUUUAUUUAUUUUUCCGUUUUAAUUUAUGUUUAAAAUUACAUUAUAUAUAUAAAAAAGAUUUGGUUUCAACAAAUAGAAAAACUAAAAGAAUAAAUAUUGGAAAACGGUCCUUUCUCUACAAAAAUGAUGCAUUUAAUAAUAAUAUAAAAAAGAAAAAUUAUAAGAUCUUUUAUAAAAGUAAAAAAGAAAAAGAUUUACUUGAGUCAGGCUAUUUGUAUCCUUUUGACCACUUAGAGAAAAAAAAAAAGAAAUUUCCACCUGACCCUUAUAUACCAAGUGAAGAAGAACAAGAAGAUUCUUUUGAUAUAUACGAAGAUGAAUUAGAUGAAAACGAUUAUUUAAACUACGAUGAUGAUGAUGCUAAAAAAUAUUUUGGAAAAACAACAUUCAAUCAACCUAAUACUAUAGAAAAAUAUAAAGAACAUGAAGAAGAAACAUAUAAUAACUCUAGUUCUGAUUAUAUUUCUAUGAAAGAUGAAAGUGACAAUUCUUACACAAAGAAUAUGGACAUAUUGGAGAAAACAAAUCAAAAUGAAAAAAGAGAGAAUUUAGAAGAAAUAAAAAAGAAUGUUGCAGAAAUAAAUAAUGAAAAUAUAAAAGAAAAUAAUGAUAUUAUAGGUUUAGAUAAUGAAGAAAAUAACUUAAAAAACAUAAAUAAAGAAAUAAUAAAUAUUAAUUUUUACUCAUCUGAACAAAAUAAAAUACAAUGUGAAAUGAUGAAAGAUAAGCUAUAUUAUUUAUUCCAUCCCUGCAUGGAUAACAUAUUUAUUGAAUUUUUUCAAUUGAAUAUUGAAUCCUUUACAGAUUCCAAAGAAAAAGAAAUUUAUGCAUCGUAUUGCAGCAAAGAUUAUAAUUUUAAAACUGUGGUUUCCUCAUUUAAUGAUCUAAUUGAUUUUUUUAACAAGUUAAAAAAAAUACUUCAUGAUAAAAUUGAUAAAUUUUAUUACAAGAAAGAAAAUAAAUAUAGUGCAUAUUUAAAUAAAAAUUCAAGAAAAGAAAUGGAAAAAUAUAAAAAAGAAAGGAGCGUCACAAAUGUAUCAAAAAAGAAUCUACAAAUGAGCAUUGAAUCAUCUCUUAAAUUAAUAGAAAAAUGUACCGAAAAUAUAUACAAGCAAAAUUAUGAACAAACUCUCCAUGAUUUAAAACUAGCAUAUAAUAUGCUUCCUUGUAAAUAUUAUGGUUAUUUUUUAUCAAACUUAUGCUCAAAUAUAUCUAUUUUGUCUUUUUACACAAAUGAUAUACAGGGUGCUUUUCAUUUUGCUCUCAAAUCAAUUAAGUAUGAACCAAAAUAUUGUGUAGCUUGGAAAUGUUUAGGAGAUUCAUAUAGAAGUUAUAGAAAAUUUUGGCAAGCCAAAAACUUUUAUGAUAUAGCAAUAUAUUUGGGUUAUAAAGAUACUAAAGGAGAAAACUUUGAUGAAAUAGUUCAAGAGUUAAAUAAUUUAACUCAGAAAGCUUUAAAAAAUGUUGAUUUAUUAAAAGAAAAUAUGAACAGUCAUGUAAAUGUUGUAAUUAAAAAAAACAUUGGAGUAGUAAUCAACAAAAAUCCAGAUUCAAUAGGUGGUUGCUUCAUAUCUUAUGUAAUCGAAGGAAGUAAAGCUAGUAAAAAAAAUUUUCAUCAUGGGGAUCAAAUUGUUUCCUUAAAUAAUAUUAUUACAUAUGGAAAACCAAUAGACUUUUGCCUAAAAUCAUUUCAAAAAAAUAAAGGUACAUAUGAUAUAAUUUUUUUUAAAGGAAAUAUCAUUGAAUUGUAUGGUUUAAAAGCAUAUAAAUAUUUAAUGGAAAAUAAUUUAUUUUCUACACUUUUUGAAAACGAACAAAUUUUAUCUUUUAAAAGGAAUGAAACAAUUUUAUUUGAUAUGAAAGGAUUUGGUACAUUUUCAGAAUAUGGAAUGUCAAAGUCAGAAAUAUAA